AAAACACAUAAGCAGUAGGCACCAAGUUCCAACUUCAAUAAGUUGAAAGGUGCAGUAUUUACAUCCCUCUUGAAUGAGAAGGUAGAGCUGCUUCUCAGAGACAGUAAUGGCAGUUUCAUCACUCUCACUGAGCUUGGCUUCAAUAACCUUAUCUAACAGGGUGCCUCAUUCGACCAGCACACCUAGGCCUAUAGCAUUUUGUUCACAAAACAUUAUCACCUGCUCAAGAGAGACAUCCUAUGAUGAAGAAAGAAAUUGCAAGAGAAGAGCUCUCCUACUUGGAUUAGGUGCACUCACUUGGGGCUUGACCCCUCCAGGUUCCCUUCUUGCUGAAGAAAUACCAAAAGGCUAUGAAGCUUUUGUUGACUUAUCAGAUGGCUAUACAUAUUACUACCCUUCAGAUUGGAGAGAAUUUGAUUUCAGAGGGCAUGAUUCUGCUUUUAAGGACCGGUACCUGCAAUUGCAAAACGUUAGAGUGAAAUUUUUACCAACUGAUAAAACAGACAUCCAUGAUUUGGGUCCAAUGGAAGAGGUUGUUCCUAAUUUGGUGAAACGUGUUCUCUCUACACCAACUCAAAUUGCAAACAUAUUCAACAUGCAGGAGCGAACCACUGACGGGAAGAACUAUUGUACGUUUGAGUAUACGCUCACAUCUCCAAAUUUUUCUCGAGCUGCUUUUGCAACGAUAGCAAUUGGAAAUGGGAGAUACUACACGCUGAUUGUCGGAGCAAAUGAAAGACGGUGGAGGCGAGUCCGGAACAAGCUUAAGGUUGUGGCAGACUCUUUCAGGGUGCUAGAUAUCUGAGCUGUUCGAGUUAUGGAGUAACAAGGCUAUCUACUGCAAGAGUUGUAAUCUCUUGUACAAAGAUAAAAAGGCAAGCAACAGACUCUGAUAGACGCUAUGGGACCAUCUCCCAAGGGAGAAGCCUUUCUUUUUUGGGUACCCCUUUGUAAUCUCUUAUACACAAUGGCAAGCAGUUAUUUGAGUUGAAUUUGAAUCUGUACAUAACCCGGGUCAAAAUACCAUUGCUUGCGGGUAAAAGCUUGAAUAGUGAAUUUGAUAAUUUUGUUCAUCUAACCCUCCCCAGACCGUGA